AAUAUGGCCACCGAAACUGCGAGCUUUUGUGUUCUUCUCAAGGGAGACUUGGCUAAACAGCAGCCCCAGUACUGCUCGUAGAUCUUAUGACCUAAGUAUUAUUGAUUCAAGUCAAGUAGUGGUGGAGAUGGAGGGGAGUGGGAAUCUACAGCAAGUCAAAAAGGAAAAGAUAAGGCUUCAAUCUAUUUAUAAUCUACGCUGCUGCCUCCUUUUCUCUGUGCUUGUUGGCUUUCAACAUGCCAUGAGAGCUGAGCUAACACAACAACGCAACAGCUUUUGCUCGCUGCUCUUAUUUUAUGACCCUUAUCCCUGCAACCCCAUCUCUGAUUCUCUCUCUCUCUCUCUCUCUCUCUCUCUCUCUCUCGGCUUUGUACAAAGGGUUCUCCCCACACACACAGCCUCCUCUUCCUUUUGGUUCCAUUAAGCAUGAGCACCAUGGCGCUGGAGUCAUGGCUGAGCCGAGUGAAAUCGGCCAUCUCCACCGGGCUGGACACCGUGCGAACGACGGUGAACGCCGACGCCGCCAGCUCCAUUCUCAACCGUAAGAAGGCCAGUAGCGUUGGUAUCCUCGCCUUCGAGAUCGCCGGAUUCAUGUCGAAGCUGCUCCACCUUUGGCGGUCGCUCUCCGAUGCGCAGAUCGCGCGACUUCGCAACGAGACCAUCGCUCUACCAGGCAUCAGGAAGAUCGUGUCCGAUGACGAGUCUUUCCUCCUCGGCCUCGCCUGCGCGGAGCUGGUCGAGUCGCUCCGCCUCGUGGCGGAUUCGGUCUCCAUGUUAAGCCAGCGAUGCAGCGACCCGGCCCUACGAGGAUUCUGCCGAAGCUUCAGGGAGUUCUCCGACUUCGGCCACGACGCCAACCGAUGGGCCAUGGGAUGGAAGGAGAUGGACUCGAAGGCCAAGAAGAUGGAUCGGUACGUGGCGUCGACAGCGGCGCUAUACAAGGAGAUGGACGAGCUGUCGGAGGCGGAGCACAGCCUAAGAAAGAUCGUUCACUGCGGUGGCGGAUACAACCGGAUCAUGUCGACGAGCAGGCUCGCCAUGGUGGCUGAGAUCCAGCAGAAGAUCUUCUGGCAGAAGCAGCAGGUCAAGUACUUGAAACAGACAUCUCUGUGGAGCUGCACCUUCGACGCCGUCGUGUCGCUGCUGGCACGGUCGGUGUUCACAGUGGUCGCCAGAAUAAAGCACGUCUUCCUCGUCGGCAGUGAAUCAUAUCCCUUGCCUCGAAGCCUGUCGGGGUCCGCUGCAGUGUACCCGUCCUCCGACACUGUUUCGCUGCCUUGGAAGUUCUCGUCGGGGCCACUGGUGCUGUCGUCGAAGCACGAGCAAGGUGGCUUCUUCGAGACCAGCUCGACGAUGCUGGCACCGCCGCCGUCGACGCUGGGCGCGACGGCGCUGGCGCUGCACUACGCGAACUUGAUCAUCGUGCUGGAGAAGAUGAUCCGUUCGCCGAGGGCGGUGGGGGCGGAAGCGAGGGACGAUCUGUACGGGAUGCUGACGGCGAGCGUGCGGGGGCAGCUACGGGCGAGGCUGAAAGGGGUGGGGUGGGGGUCGGCGCGGGACUCGGGGCUAGCGGCGGAGUGGAGGGCGGCGUUGGCGCGGAUCGCGGAGUGGCUUGGACCGGUGGCGCACGACACCAUAAGGUGGCAGGGGGAGCGGAGCUUCGAGCGGCGGAGCGCGGCGGCGCCCAGGGCCAACGUACUCCUGCUGCAGACGCUCUACUUCGCCAACAGGGUCAAGGUGGAGACCGCCGUGACGGAGCUACUCGUGGGGCUCAAUUACCUGUGGAGGUUCGAGAGGGAGAUGAGCGCCCUGGCGCUUGCCGCAGACCAUGGAGGACUCCAACACUAAGCGAGGGAGUCCCACUGGUACUGCUUCCAUAUGUUCAUCCCUAUUUGGUUCGAGUUCAAGGCCGGGGUUGAACUGGUUUGUACAUGGCCACAUCGUUCCUUCUCCUUCCAUCUCUUGUUCUCUGCCAUGUCCAAACUAACAUGCAGAUCGAGCUUUCAUUUCUUUUCUCUGUAGUUUCUGGGAACUUGGGAAACCUGACGGUGAAUGAAAUAGCCAAGUUUGGGUUCC